CCUACGUGCACCCAACACGAACGCCACCGGUCGCUCGCUCGGCUUCGAAACAGAGAAACUCAUCCCGAGGAACCUCAGCAUUUUCGUUUUCUCUCUCUCUGCUCGGCUCGCUACGGCGGGCUAAGUUUGUCAUUUUGAGAGGCUCUGCAGAGAGAGAGAGAGAGAGACCGAGCUUUUUGCUUUGUUUCUUUCAGUUUACUUCGAGUUUUCAGGAAGCUCAAGAUUGAAAUAAGAGAAAAAAGAGAAAUGGCCGUUUCUAGAAUUUCUUCCGGAGUUGUGGCUGUUGUCGCCGUCUUUUUUGCCGUUCUAGUCUUACCUGCCGUUCAGGCUCAGUCCCUCGCUCCCGCUCCUGCCCCUACCAGUGACGGGACAUCCAUUGACCAAGGCAUUGCCUAUGUGCUGAUGUUGGUGGCGUUGGCGCUCACGUACCUGAUCCACGCUGCGGACCUGAUCUACAGCUUCUAAACUCGACACCAAUGGCAAUGGUAUUAUGGGGAAUUUAGAUAUGGAAGGAGUUUUCAGAGUAGGGCUUUCAAUGUGUGUGCGUGUGGAUGUGUUCUACCCUUUUCACUUGAUGGGUCUGGGUGUGUAUGUAGCGUUCUGACUUUUGACAAUUGGUGUUGGGAUCUUUGGCUCUUUCCGAAUUCAAAAAUUUAGUGGAACGAGCAAGAAUCACGUAAAAGUGAUUGAAUGUAGUAGAACUCUACGUGACGCCUGUCUCAUUCGUUCUCUUCCAUUUCUAAUAUGUGGAUUUUCAUCUUGUCA